AACUUAUUGCUUCAUCAAUAAAAUUGAAGAGCAAUGAGUACUAUUUUAAUGCUUUUGUUUUUCAGUCUAGUUACUGUCAACAUUAGUUUCAAUGAGGGUUGUAUUGAGAGUGAGAGACAAGCCCUUUUCAUGUUCAAACAGGAUCUCAUAAAUCAUGCAAAUCGGUUGGCUUCUUGGACAGUUGAUAAAGAUUGUUGUGAUUGGGUUGGAGUUGUUUGUGACAAUGUGACUGGCCAUGUGCUUCAACUCCAUCUUACAAAUCCACUAUCUUCUCCGGGAAAUCUUUAUGCCCGUGAUGCUGACUAUGAGGCCUUUGAAAGGUCAAAGCUAAGAGGUAAGAUAAACCCUUCUUUGCUCAUGCUGAAGCAUUUGAAUUAUUUGGACUUAAGCAACAAUGCGUUUGAAGGUAUUCCCAUUCCCAAGUUCUUGGGUUCUAUUGAGAGUUUAAGAUAUCUUAAUCUCUCUCACGCUGGAUUUAAAGGAUUAGUUCCUCAUCAACUCGGAAAUCUAUCGAGUUUACAGAUUCUUAAUCUUGCCGAUGAUGAAGGUUAUCUCUAUGUUGCCAAUCUCCAAUGGUUGUCUGGUCUUUCCUCGUUAGAACACCUUGAUUUGAGUAAUGUGAGCCUUAUAGAGGUUUCCAAUUGGUUGAAAGUGGUAAAUACACUUCCUUCCUUGCAGGAACUAUAUUUAUCAGGCUGUCAACUUCCUCAGGUUCCUCCACCCGCAAAUCUUAAUCUGUCAUCUCUUACAAUUCUCGAUCUUUCUUCCAAUUCUCUUGAAAAUACCUUGGUCGACUUUAGCUGGAUAUUUCAGCUCAAGUCCCUAGUUUCCCUUGAUCUGAGUGGUAAUAAUUUCCAAGGAUGUAUAUUUGAUGGCCUUGAAAACAUGACUUCUCUUACGCACCUUGAUCUUUCAGAUAACUCUUUUAAUUCUUCAAUACCUGACUGGUUGUAUAAUCUUAACUCUCUUCAAUUUCUUAGCCUUAGAUUUAACUACUUGCAAGGUUUAAUUUCAAGUGCCGUAGGAAACAUGAGUUCUGCCAUUAGCCUUGACUUCUCAGGGAAUGAACUUGAAGGAAAGAUUCCAAGAUCAAUGGGAAAUCUUUGUAACUUAAAAUCAAUUGAUUAUUCAGGUGUGAAUUUAAGUCAAGAUAUAUCUGACAUUUUAGAAAGUUUAUCGGGAUGUGUUUCUAAACAACUUGUUUUCUUGGGUUUAAGUGGGUGUCAACUUUCUGGUCAAUUAAGUAACCGACUUGUGAACUUUAAGAAUUUGAAAGAACUUUAUUUGUUUAAUAACUCAAUCUCGGGUCCGAUUCCGUUGUCCAUAGGACAACUUUCGUCCUUGAGCGUUUUAUUUCUUGGUCGGAACAAAUUAACUGGCCAACUUCCCGAGUCAGUUGGACGACUUGCAAAUUUGGAAAUAUUUUCUUUUUCUCAUAAUUUAUUAAGCGGGGUUGUUUCAGAAAUUCACUUUGACAAUCUUACAAAAUUGAAACUGUUAUUGGCUUCUGGGACCCCACUUGUUUUAAAAGUCCGUCCUAAUUGGAUUCCUCCUUUUCAACUCACAACUUUGAAAUUAAGAUAUUGGCAUGUAGGUCGGCAGUUUCCUCUGUGGCUUCAUUCACAAAAAUAUUUAAGAUAUGUAGAUAUCUCUAACUCAGGAAUUUCGGAUAGCAUUCCUAGUUGGGUUUGGAAUUCACCCUUCCAAAUUUAUUAUUUGAAUCUCUCUCACAACCAAAUCCAUGGGCAGAUUCCUGAUAUACCUAGGACUGCAUUUGUUGAUUCUGUCAUUGACCUUAGUUUUAAUAGUUUUAGUGGUCCAUUACCUCAAGUCUCUUCCAACGUGUCUUUUCUAGACCUCUCCAAUAAUCUUUUGUUAGGAUCGCUCUUCCACCUUUUGUGUUAUAAGUUGAAGGAGACCAUGAGAAUCAAAAUUCUUAAUCUUGGUGAAAAUUUUUUGUCUGGGGAGAUUCCAGAUUGUUGGAUGAAUUGGCAAAACUUAAGGAUCUUAAAAUUAGAUAACAACAGUCUUACCGGAAGAAUACCUAACUCUAUAGGAAUUUUACAGUCCCUUCAAUUAUUGCAUCUUAAUGGAAACCACCUCUCCGGAGAAAUUCCAUUGUCACUGAAAAAUUGCACAAAUUUGAUGCUACUUGAUUUUGAUGACAAUGAAUUCCAUGGGCACAUCCCUAAAUGGCUAGGCCAUGGCUUUCCAAAGCUAAAAGUCUUGAUCCUUCGUUCAAACAAGUUUUCAGGGUACAUACCAGAUCAAUUGUGCGUUCUGGAUUCUCUCCAAGUCUUGGACCUUUCUUAUAAUGAUCUCUUCGGAAGUUUACCAAGAUGUUUAAGUAACUUUAGUGCCAUGGUAGAAACCAGCGGUACUACGGAAACUUAUACAUCUCUUGCUCCGUUAAUUGUGAUGAAAGGUCAAAUCCUAGACUAUCAAAUUCUUUCUCGCAUUUUUGUUGCAUCAAUUGUGAUGAAAGGUCAAAUGCUAGAGUAUAGCACAACUCUUGACUUGGUCAGAUGCAUAGAUUUCUCUAACAACAAUUUAUCAGGAGAAAUCCCCGUGGAAGUAACAAACUUAUUAGGAUUGGGGUCAUUGAAUUUAUCAAAUAAUCUUUUGACCGGAACAAUACCGAAAAAUAUUGGCGUGAUGAAGUCACUAGAAUCGGUUGAUUUCUCUCUCAACAAAUUGUCUGGUCCAAUUCCUGAAAGCAUCUCAACGUUGACAUUUUUGAACCACUUGAACUUGUCUUACAACAACUUGAUCGGACAAAUUCCUUCGAGCACUCAGUUACAAAGCUUGGAGCCGUCCAACUUUAUUGGCAACCAACUCUGUGGAUUGCCACUUCCAAACAAGUGUUCUGCGAAUGGUACAAUUCAGAAUACUAGAAAUGGAAGAGGAGAAAAUGAUAAGGGAUUUGUUACGGAUUGGUUCUGGUUCGGCAUGGCAUAUGGAUUUGUGAUUGGCUUUUGGAGUGUGUUUUUGCCUUUGGUGAUUGAUAGGCAACGGUGGAGGUUCAUAUAUGCACUCUUCACUUUUCAAAAAAAUUUGGGAAAUCGAUAACUUUAGUUCAACAAAGUUAUGUAGUGUUCUUCAACUCUGACGACCCACAUCUGGAGGGCAGACUCUUGUGCUAGGGAACUUCUUGUUGAAGUUAAUGCUUGCUUUGCCAAGUGGACCUUGUGACGUGGAAAUCCACUUGGACCUCAUGCGCCACAGUGCAUGUUUUUGCUGGUUUGAAGACUCAACGUGGUCGUAUGCAUGGGAUCCAUUUCAUGGUGCUUUACACUUGUUAAUCUCCAAAGAACAAGUGUUUUUAUGUGAAUCUUCUGAUGUAAUUGCUUGUUUAAGUUCUGUUUGUAAUAUAGUGUGUGUAAGCUGUUUUUAAGUCUCUGUUUUAGUGCUCCAUAACAGAGCACAUGUUGAAUAAAAGACCAUCUGUUGUUUCCUUAUUUUUCACAACACUUCUGCACCAGGUCACGGAAUGUACAUUUGUACCCCUUUUCAGAUUUUUGCUAAUUUGUUUAGUUGUGAUUUUAAACUUGU